CAAAAAAUGGUACGAAUCAUUUGCAAAAGAAAAACGGCCGAGGACAAGCCAAACGCAUUUGAAUUCAAAAAAGUCAACAAAGGUCUAACUUCUCCCAGUGAUGGCCCUUUUGUCAUAGCACAUUUUCCUAAAAACAUGAUUUGGGAAAUUGACCAAGAGACAUCAAACGAAAAGUACAUUGCGUAUUUCCCAACAAUAGUUUCUUCGCCCGAUACAAAGCGACUGAUGGAAAAUGAUCAGCUGAAAAUGUUGUAUGAGAAACUUCGCGAUCACAAAUCCGGCCCACUGAAAACACAGAUCGAUGGGACAAAUUUUGUGGCAGUUGAACAAGAUGCUGAGCCACACCAGAUCGAAUCGAUUCAAUUGCUACCAAAUGGCAAUCUGAAAUUAUAUUGGCCUGUUAUAUGUAGAGAUGAACUGGAAGAAGACACAAACAAAGAAUUUAAUGAAAUGAAAAAAGACCUUUACGAGACAAAACGCGAAUUAACAGAAGUUCGAAUAUCACUGAUGAAUUUGGAAGCGGAACACAGAACACUCCAAACUAACUGUAACAGAAAGGAUACCCAACUUUUCGAACGCCACGAGGAAAUCCAGCAACUCAAAGACCACAUUCAAUGGAAGUCAAAAGAUACUGAGGUGGCUGCCAAAAUGGUUUUCCAGAUGCAGAACAAGCAUAAGGAGGAAGUUGAAAAGUACACUUCAACGAUCUCGAAGUUGAAAGAGGAAGUUGUAGCCAAGGACAAAGAAAUUGUUGAGAACAAAACUGCUAAUGAUAAUAUGGUAUCUGCACUUUUGGGUUUGAUAAACAAGCAACGAAGAGUUGGGACCUAGAUUGCAUUGACGGAUGCACGUGUUUCCUGCGUAUUCAAUCAACAAAACCAAUCACACAAAAAUGCAAAAAUUUCUGGCAUUCAACUUUCAAACCGUCUUCUUCCAUUCCCUGAACAUGUUCCUCGCCCAUUUUAUUUUUAUUCACAACUCUCUUGCUGGAUAGGUCCGAACGUCGUCUAAUGUUAUUAACUUUUGUAUUAGAACAUGUCACUGCAACUUUUUUCGAACGAGGGCUGAGAAAAAAUGCGAAAAAUCGGUGUUUGCACACAAUACACCGCAUUUUACGACAUUUUCUACUUGCUUUCUUUUCUUGUGUUUUUUACCGAUUUUUCUUGUGUUUUCUUAUUAAAACUGAUAAAUACAUAUU